GCCCCUGGAGAAAGUGAAUAUUCGGAUCCCUUCGACGCUCACCGGGAACCGAAAGGGGAAGGCGAGGAAGAGGCUGGCCUGGAAAACAAUGGCUACAUGGAGCCCUACAACGCCCAGAGAGUGGUGGCUGGCGACUCUUCUCGGGAGGCCGGCCAGCAAUACCUCUUCGACAUCUCUACCUUGGCGGAAGCGGACGAAAUCGUAGGGGCCGAACUGAGGAUCUUGCGGAAAGCCGCCGAAAACAAGAGCUUGGCGUCGUCCCCGGAAGGGAUGCUCCAUCGCCUGCUGAUCUCCAUUUGCCCCGACCAAACAGAAGACCGGGAGCCGGGCCUUUUGGACUCCAGAGCGGGAGACCUUCUGGGCUCCGGAGACGCUACUACUACGCCCCAGUGGGAAGUCUUCGACGUCUGGGCAGCCUUGAGGCCCUGGGCCGAGCCAGGCGGCCGUCCCGAGCGCCCGCCCGUGCUGUGCUUUUGGCUAAGGGUCGUCUCGGCCCAGACCGGGAAGCUCUUGUCCCCCCGGCAGCUAGGCUUCGGCCGGGAGCGCCCAUCGCAGCCCCACGAGAGGGCCCUGCUGGUGGUGUUUUCCCGCACCAAGCGGAAAGACAACCUCUUCAAGGAGAUCCGCCAGAAGAUCCGGACCCUGAGCGGCGGCGGCGGCGGCUCCGAGCUCCCGCCGGGGUCCCACGAGUUAUUAAGCCCAGGCGCUCUGGCCAAACAGCAGCGGCGGAGGCGGCGGACGGCGCUGGCGGGCCGGGCCUCCGGCGGGCGAAGCCAGAGCAAAAAAACCAGGAGCCGCUGCAGCCGCAAAGCGUUGCACGUCGACUUCAAGGAGCUGGGCUGGGACGACUGGAUCAUCGCGCCCCUGGAUUACGAGGCCUACCACUGCGACGGCGUGUGCGAUUUCCCGCUGCGCUCCCACCUGGAGCCGACCAACCACGCCAUCAUCCAGACGCUCAUGAACUCCAUGGCGCCCGAGGCCACCCCGCCCAGCUGCUGCGUGCCUUCCAAGCUCAGCCCCAUCAGCAUCCUCUACACCGACUCCGGCAACAACGUGGUUUACAAACAGUACGAGGACAUGGUGGUGGAGAGCUGCGGCUGCAGGUAA